GAUACAAACAGGAAGUAAACAUCCAGCUGUUACCUAAGCAGGGAGAGCUGUGGCUAGCUUAGCUUAGCAGCCUGUGUAGCGUUGGCACAGUAAUGACACGGCCUUCAGAGUCGGGAACAGCCUGGUGUUUUAUCAUGCUGUGUCCGGAGUAGUGACUGUAUCCAUAGAUACCCAGGGAACAUCAUUCUCCUCCACUUUCCUCCGGUCCGAGUGUUGAAACAAGGUGUGAAUGAGUGACGUGGUGCCUCCCACAGCUCUCAGUGAAGUCCAGCUCCGCUUCCUCUGCCACGAUGACAUAGAGAAUGUCAAGCUGCUCUGCGGUGAUUGGUUCCCAAUCGAGUACCCAGACUCAUGGUAUCAGGACAUCACCUCCAACAAGAAGUUCUUCUCCCUCGCUGCCACCUUCAGAGGAGGCAUCGUGGGAAUGAUUGUGGCUGAAAUCAAAGGCCGGACCAAAGUACACAAAGAAGAUGGAGACAUCCUGGCCUCCAGUUUCCCCGUGGACACACAGGUAGCCUACAUCCUGAGUCUGGGAGUGGUCAAAGAGUUCAGGAAACAUGGCAUAGGCUCUCUACUGCUGGACAGUUUGAAGGAGCACAUCUCAACGACGGCCCAGGACCACUGCAAGGCCAUCUACCUUCACGUCCUCACCACCAACAACACUGCCAUACACUUCUAUGAGAACAGGGACUUCAGUCAGCACCAUUACCUGCCCUACUACUACUCCAUACGUGGCGUCCUCAAAGAUGGAUUCACAUAUGUGCUCUACAUCAAUGGGGGUCAUCCACCCUGGACAAUAUUUGACUACAUCCAGCACAUCGGCUCCACCCUGGCCAGCCUGAGCCCCUGCUCCAUCCCUCAGAGGCUGUACCGCCAGGCCCAGUCCCUGCUGCGCUCCCUGCUGCCCUGGUCCAACAUCGCCUCCAAGACCGGCAUCCAGUACAGCAGGACCAUGUGACACAACAUGGAGCUCAGCUGUUUCUCAUCAGUCUUCCCCUGUACACACCAGGAUGUACAUGCACACUCACAGUCUGGAUCUUGUACAGCUUUCCACUCCCUGUGUUUGGCACAGGACUCAGGUUCAACCUGCUUUUGACCGUUGAAACACAAGAUAUUUACUCGCGAUUCAAUAAAAACCUUUGUCACUUCUUACACAGAUCUGGGUCUGCAGCUGUAGUUCUGUGCCCACUGCUAAACAGGGUUGUUGCAUUGCAACGUCAUUCAAAUUGCAAUGUUGGAUUUUACGCUGACAGACGAGGAUUUCUUUUAAUUGUUCAGUUACUCAGUUACUAUUCCACAUACACUACUGGUCAAAAGUUUUAGAACACACCAACUUUUCCAGAAUUUAAUUGAAAAUGAUGCAGUUUAAUGUCUCAGUGUACUCUGAAAUGAAUGCACAUUUGCAACAUUUAAAAUUCUUUAUUGAGCAUGAUUGAGUGUUUUGAAAGUAAAAAAAAGAUUCAAAAUCACAUUUUACGUUGGACUAAAGGACUAAAAAAAGAUACAAAAUGACUAAAAAAAGACACAAAAUUACAAAAGAAGACACCAAAAGACACAAAAUGACUAAAAGAAGACACCAAAAGACACAAAAUGACUAAAAAAAGACACCAAAAGACACAAAAUGACUAAAAGAAGACACCAAAAGACACAAAAUGACUAAAAAAAGACACAAAAUGUCAAAAGAAGACUCCAAAAGACACAAAAUGACUAAAAAAAGACACAAAAUGUCAAAAGAAGACACCAAAAGACACAAAAUGACUAAAAGAAGACACCAAAAGACACAAAAUGACUAAAAAAAGACACAAAAUGUCAAAAGAAGACUCCAAAAGACACAAAAUGACUAAAAAAAAGACACAAAAUGACUUACAAAGACAUGAAAAGAAUUCCAAAAUGGACAAAAUAGCCCAAGACUCCAUAGAGUUAAGUUGUUAACCCAUUUCUUGUUCCCUGAAAAAGGCCUACUUGUAUAAUUCUGAAAUGUACAUUAUUUUUCAGUUUUGGUUAAGCUUACCUUUUUUUAUUUACCUCUGGCAGUUCACCACUUACCUUUGGACCCUUUCAAGCUGUUCAUUUGACUUGAACUGCUUGAAUUUCAAUAAAAAACUGGAAAAAUUGGCGUGUUCUAAAACUUUUGACCGGUAGUGUAUACUACACUAUCCCAUAGUUACCACGGUAACCUGUGUAUACCCAGACAUACCAAAGCAGAGCAGCGUCAGAGCCACUUUCAACCCAGCCACACAGCCAGGUUGUAGUUUUGGUGUGAAAAGGGUGACACACACACACACACACACACACACACACACACACACACACACACACACACACACACACACACACACAGGGAACCCCACAGAGACUAAAGGUUCAACCUGCCUAUCAAUCUGUCUCCUUUCAUCCUGUCCACCACUGUCACAGAGACUAUGUAUACUGUUUGUAUAUUAUAUAUACUAAGCUAAUAUAUAAAUUUCUCUCAAUAUGUAUGUCUAUUCUAUGCUGUCAGUAGUUGAAAGAUAACCCAUCCUGUUCCCUUUUGGAGUAUAAAGAGUCGAUUCCAUUUUGUAAAAUAGAGACUCAAGGACAAGUUGAAUUAAUUGGUCUGUGAAUAUAAUAGCGAUGUUAAUAGGCUCGUAGGGUUAAAUGAGGCCAAUUAUACACAGGAAACUUGGAAACACAAUGUAGAUUGGUAAUGUAUGUACAGUAGUAGCAAAUGGAGAUUCUUCCCUUUUAAAAAUUCAUGAUAUUUUGUGAUUACAAUUGUUGCAUGGGGAACUGUACUGGUGACACAGAACAGAAACAUUUGAAAUAGUUUUAACUGCAACACAAACUGUACAGACACAUCACAUCAUAUGUUAUGCAGAUCCAUUUGAAAGUCUUUCAUUAAGGUUUGAUCAAAACUCCAAUGAUUCUAUAGGCCUGUUGGUCU